AUGUCUUCUAAUUCCGAUAUUGGCAACGACGAUGUCCUGCCUGCCAAGAGGGACACGAUGCCGGCACUUUGGAGUGCGAAGCAAAUUCCACAUAGCGCAGACUUUCCCGAUCCUUAUGCAUUGAUCGGAGACGCAUAUGAACGGAUACCCGUGGCAGAUGAGUGGGAAAUACCAGAUCCUAACAGCAAGAAGCUACCAUACUUGGCGCACAUCAAAUCACUGUCAACGUCAUGGAAAAAUCUACGCCAUCUGGCGGACUGGAUGCAGGUCGGAACAACCCCACUGCGUUGGAAUGAAAUCAAACAUCACCCAGAGGAGCUCGCAAGGCGGAGGAACAAGACCAAUGUCACUUUCGUGGAAUAUAACCCUUCCACAGCACCCAAAACUACAGCAAUCAAGACACCCACAUUGCUGCACGAGACUUUACAAGCCCUGUCGCAUGAGCGUACGAAACAGCCUCCUCUGCGACUGUUCGUUGUGGAAGAUCUGUCUCAGCAAGUCAUCGAGCUUUUGGGAGCGCGCUUCGAUAUUGAUCCUUUAUUCUUCCGCGAGCAAAUCGAUGACUACGUAUGGCAUAACACUCGCGACCCCUGGGCAUCACCGCCCAGCCUAAUCUCAAGCAUGAAGCAUCGACCGUGGUUUAGAAUGCGCAAUAUGAGAUUACGAUAUUUCAAAACAGAGAAAGAAUUCGAGGAUUCGAGGUUAGAGGCAAAUGCCUGGAACGUGCUGAGACGUCCUGACAACGACGAGAAUCAUUGGCACUAUCAAGACAGAGACGGAGCAGUCGUAUCCAUUAUGCGUACACGGACCACAAUGUGGAUUGGCAAAGAUAAGCAGUGCGGAAACGGGACUGUAGGAAUCGUGUUGCUGGAUCCGACCGUCCGCCAGGGUCAACCCCUAUGGUAUGAUCGCAGUAAUUGGCUGCCGACCCCUAAGAUGGAGACCAAGGUCUACCCUUCGAUCAAGUCAUCUGUAUCCUGGUUCGAGGAUAUUGUCCAAAUGACUACCGCAUUCCCAUGGUUCGAGCGGAGAGAAGGUCACGAUAUAAACGCGCAAGUCCUUGCCAAACCAACCAUUUACACCAUUUGCGCAGAAUGGCUUAUAGUGUGUGACUAUGUAAGGGCCCGACUUAGCCAAAUAGAAUGGGAACUUGAACUGCCGCGCCUCUUCCGCUCAAAAGGCGACGCCAUCGAUACAUCGCUCAAACGGCUUCACACUUGGCGUCGGCAGAUUCCUGUAUUUCGAGAGAUGGUGGCAGAGACGUUGGAACACGCGCUCCCAGCCGCAGCGCGACUCACAACCCCGUCUCCUCAGUAUUCCGCCGCGCCCAACUCACCUCUUUCUAUACGCUCAGCGUUUUCUGACAACCUGGUCAUCAACUUUGAAAACGUGGAGGGGUUUGAGGAUAUAGUCCCCGACUUCAAACGUGUUCUUGCCGAUGUCAACGAACUACAGGAACGCGUCGACCGCCUUACCAGCAUUGUCACUUCGGAAAUAUCCAUCGAAGAUUCACGUCGCGGACUUGAAGAGAAUCAUAACAUGGCAAGAAUCACAUGGCUGGCGACUAUUUUCAUUCCGUUGACGUUCAUAUCUGGUUUAUACAGUAUGAACGAGAGCGUGUCGGCGUUGAAAUCAACAUACGGGUGGUAUUUCCUGACCGCCGUGCCGUUUACGUUGAUCGUUAUGGCAAUCGGGUGGGUCGCAGGCGGCGGAAGCCUCACACCAUGGCGGAAGGAUUCUACCAAGCAAAAAGGUAUGAUUGGGGGAAGAGAUAUGAAAAGAGCGAAGUUAUGAAGACAGGGCAUGAUAUUACCUAACGCUAGCACCGGAAAACAUUUCUUCGACAUGAAGCGGCAUAUUAGUCUCGUAACAUUUUUCCUAGCUAGCUUCCAACAACACCGGCAUCGCUUUCGUCACCGCCUGCCCUCGGCUACAAUGUGAAUCUGAAACUCGGAUGCUGAUGGCCGAGUCUAUCCGCAUCCGCUUGCAGAAGUCUAUCAUCUCGCUCACCCCUGUCUCGCUUCUUGUUUUCCCAACCCAAGUACACACACUGGGCAGCAGAGAGUACGAUCGUUAUCACUAAUGCACCAAGGCUAACCGAAUGGCCCAAAACAUACCUCGGCGCAUCGCGUUGGAGAUAGAUGAAUGUACCGAUAAAGGCCGAACAAUUAGCAAUGGAAAUCACCAUACCAAUUCCGACUGCUCGGACAUAGUGAGGCGCAAGGUUAUUGGACGCCC